AUGCUUCGCGCGAGAGCGUCAGACACUGUCGAUACACUGAGCAACUUGGAUGACAGCAACGAACGCCGACGAAAGGCCAUUGAAAGCAUAUUGUUCUCGCGCAGGUUUAUCCUUUUUUACAAUCUCGUACUGGCAGGACUACUGGCUUGUUUCACGGUUUGGCAUUGGGGACGUAGGAUCGGUAGACUUCGACGUAGACGUGCCUUCUCUCGUUCGCCACACAACCGGUCCGCAGUUCAUUCAAAUCAGACUCGCAAGGAUGAUAAUGAAGGCGAAACGACACCACUCCUCAACCAGGGGAAAGCCCAUGUUUCCCCCUCUAGGACUGCCUCGGUGAUUGCUCAAGUCAAGGCCUGGCUCAUGUACCAGCCAUCUGACCUACCAUACGUCCACAAAGUCUUUCCUUCGAAUGCCACCACGAUCGGCAUCUUGCUUCUACUUGGCAUCAACCUGUUCUUUCUGCUCUACAAAGCCGAGCUUUCGGUAGCUACCGCAUUUGUCUUCGCCGAUCGAGCUGGCUUGCUCUUUGUGGCCAACCUACCACUAUUGUAUCUUCUUGCAGCGAAGAAUCAGCCACUAAAGAUAAUUACCGAUGCCUCAUACGAGGGUUUGAAUAUCAUACAUCGUCGACUAGGCGAAUGGAUGUGUUUACUUGCACUCUUGCACGCCGGCAGCAUGACCUUGGUCUGGUAUACAACACUUUCUACUCGUCUGAGCUUCUCGAGGUUCCUUGCCUUGCCUAUCAUUUGGCUCGGACUCCUCGCAUUUUUCUCCUACGAGACGCUGUAUUUUUCAUCGCUCGGCUCUUUCAGACAAAGAAGCUACGAGAUAUUCCUUGGACUUCAUGUUGUCCUUCAAGUCGCUGCGCUGGUUUUCUUAUGGUUCCAUCACCACAACAGCCAGCCUUACGUCUUGGUAGCUGUGUGCAUCUUUGCAAUCGACCGCCUGGUCUUCAGAUUGAUCCUCAAGUCAAAGAUAAUCAAAGCCGACCUUUCCGUCAUGCAAGAUGGAGAAACCGUGAUGUUAAGCUCAAAUUGGCAAUUACCUCGAUCUUCCUGGUGGAGAUCUUUUGGCAUCAAGGAUGGUUGGAGGCCAGCCGAACAUGUCUUCCUGACAGUACCAGCCUUAUCGCACAAGCACUUGGUCCAAGCACAUCCAUUCACUAUCGCCUCCGCCGCUCCAACCAGUGCUGACUCACAUGCCUGGCUCAAUUUCCUGAUUCGAGCUCAGGAUGGCUUCUCCCGAGAUCUCCUUCGCUACGCACAGCUCCACAGCUCUGUGAACAUCAGAGUAGAUGGACCUUACGGGUCGUCACACGCUCUGGAUAUGCUCCAUGACAAGGAUGUCGCCGUCGUGGUGGCUGGUGGUUCAGGUAUCGCUGUAGCAUUCCCUCUCGUCUGGAGUCUGCUUAGAGCAUCAAAGCAAGAUCCAGAGCUGGCAAGCAACAGACAGUCCAGGUCUCGAGUAACCUUGAUCUGGGUGGUGCACGAUCAAGAGCAUGUUGAUUGGAUUCCCCAAGACAGGCUCGAUGAGCUACGCGAACUUGGUUGCAAAAUCAUGAUACCUCCGCCAACACGCAAAGCAGGAAGACCUGAUCUCCCACACCUUGUCGAAACUGCAGUGAAUGCAUGGAAUGAUGAGGUUGAAGAUCCUAGUGUUGGUGUAGUCGUGGCAGGACCAGACGGCAUGAAUAGAAGCUGCAGGAAUGCAUGUGCGAACCUUGUGAGUCAAGGUGCUCGAUUGGAGGUCUCGGUGGAGAAAUUCGGUUGGUGA